AUGCAUGAAAUUGUUUUCAGUGCCAUCCGUCGCUGCAUCCCCGUUAAAUCGGAUCAACUGGAAGUCAUCGAUUUUGAGAAAUCCUUUUACCGCGACGUUUGCAAUCUCAACUUUGAGGGGAAGCCUACCGUAGUCUGCUUUACUCUAUCCAACUUAAUUUGUCCACUUGCUAAAGCCACCAGUCCUGCGACCGCGAACGAUCCUAAAACUGAGGCCACGGGCAACGCGAACACCCCGAUGACAGAUGAGGAGGGCUUCAGUGUUCCCCCUGAGGACCGAUGGGGCUCCCAGGACAUGCAUCAAUCGGCUGCCUCCUCCUCCUCGGAAUCCUCCUCCGACUCGGACACAGACAAAACUGUCGGACACAGUUUUAAGGGCAUCAAGGUAACGAAAAAUAGCUUUGAGGUUGUCACCCCCUUUCACAGCCUCUAA